AUGAGCAAUUGCCACCAAGUAUUCACAGCGCGUAAGCGGAAAGAAAAAACGACGAAGACGAACACAAUGAACACCGUCAUCGCUCUCCUCAUCGCAGGAUUCGCUGUCGCAUCGGCGCAGGUCGCCGUCAACGGACCAUUCUUAGGCAGAUACUAUGUGGCGGCGAAGCCGGUGCUCGCGCCAGGUGUCGCUCCAGUAGCCGCUCCAGUUCUCGCUGCUCCAGCUCUUGCUCCAGCUCCUGUCGUCGCUGCUGCGCCAGCUCUUGCUCCAGCUCCAGUGCUCGCUGCUCCACGACCAGUCGUCGCCGCUGCUCCAGCCUUCGCUCCAGCGCCCGUCGCCUUAGCGCCACGCCCGCUUCUCGCUGCUCCAGCUCCAGUCCCAGUUGCUGCUGCUCCGGCAUUCGCUCCAGCGCCUGUCGUCGCCGCCGCUCCAGCCUUCGCUCCAGCGCCAGUCGCGUUCGCGCCACGCCCACUUCUCGCCGCUCCAGCUCCACUACCAGUUGCUGCUGCCCCAGCAUUCGCUCCAGCUCCAGUUCUCGCUGCUCCAGCUGUUGCUCCAGCUCCAGUUCUCGCUGCUCCAGCUGUUGCUCCAGCUCCAGUUCUCGCCGCUCCAGUGCCAGCCUACGCGCCAGCUCCAGUCGCCGUGCCCGCCUACGCGCCAUUCGCUCGCACCGCUUUCCUCAUCGGAGGAAACAAAUCCAAGAAGGUCAACGCAUAA